AUGAAUGCCUGGCUAGCCGACGCCUCGAACCUUCCGAACCAUGACAAUGGUGCUUUUCACCAAGCGACCAUUGAUCCUUCUGCGGCAUUCCUCCAUACCUCUCCUACUCCCGACCCUACCCAGUUCCAGCGCAUGUUCAAUGGCGUACCGCGAAAUGCCUCCCCUGGCUUCCACAACCCGAACCAGGUGAUUCCGUCAAAAAGGCCGCGACCGGAGGAUGCCAUGUCGAUGUCGCCUCGACAGGCUCCCGGGGCUAUCGCGGCAUCUCGGUCUCAGACUCCUCACCAGGUGCCAUUCCCAGGGUACCAAGGAGCUGCAAAUGGCGCACCUCAAUAUCCUCCGCAUCCCACUCCGUAUCAGCACCUCCAGCAAGGAGCUUCUCCGAACGUCACCCAAUCUCCGAUCAUGCAGGAAUUCGACCAACACGGUGUACAACGAAUGGGAACUGCUUCGCCCAGCCCGUUCUCCCCAGCCGGCCCUCAAGUAGGCUCCCACAUGUCUCCGUCACAGUCCGAUCAUCCGAGUAGGGUGAACACGCCGCAAAACAGCUCAUUUAUGCCCAAUCAACCGUACCCUCAGGCCAUGGCGCCCCAGUUCCCGCCCGCGCCUGCAAUGACUACUGCCGCUGUGCAGGCGCCGAUGCAAGCACAUUACGGCGGUAUGCCUCAGGGGUAUCAGCAGGCCAUAGCUGCCCAGCAGCAACAGCAGCGAAUGCAUGCCAUGCAGAUGCAAAACCAGGGUCGUCCAAUGGCGAUGAAUCCCGCCAUGGCCGGGCGACCCGUGGCAGCUGGGAUGAACGCGAUGGCCAAUCCUCAACAAAUGGCCGCCAUCAGGCAGAUGCAACAGACUAUGGCAAAACCGCCUAAUCCGGAAGGGUUCAUGAGGUCACUGCAGAAGUUCAUGAUGUCGCGCAACCUUCCCCUCGACCCUAGUCCCGUUGUUUGCGGUCGCCCGAUUAACCUGGUCCAGCUUUAUGCUACGGUCAUGAAGCUCGGAGGAUCAAAGAAGAUAACGGCUGCGAAUAUGUGGCAUGUCAUUGCACAGCAACUGCAGUUCCCGCCGAUGCAGCUGCCGAUGGCCAUGCAGGAGCUUAGGGAGCAUUAUCAGCGGAACCUAGCUGCGUACGAGCAGGCCUUCCUCAGCACCCAGCAGAAGCAAUUUGCGGAGCAGAUGCAGCAAACCGCGGUGCCACGCCAGCCCAGUGAUCCAUCUGCUAUGCAGUUCCAGUCUCCAGCCAUUAAACCGGGCCAGGGGUAUGACAAUGCACAGCAGAUGGGACACCCAUCGCCAAGUCCCGCGUCUGUAUCGAGUAGCGUACAACAUAACGCUUCGAAUGGUUUCGCGACGCCUACACCUGUUAAAACUCAGGGCAAACCGCAGAACCAGCACCGUCUCAGUAUUUCCCGCCAGUCACAACCUCCAGCAACGCCAAAUGAUCCCACUGGCCAAUUACCGAGUCAAUCGCCUGCGCAGCCGGGUAAAGCCCCAGGCCCAGUCCCUGUGAAGCCCUCAGAACAGCUGGACCAGUCGGAUCAGCCAUUGAAGCAUCAAAUUGAGGAUCCGUACAAACCCAUGGUCUUGCCAGAAAGCAGUUUCCAUGGACCCAUAGCCAUCGAUGAAAUGUAUCAGAUCGGGGAGGAUAUUUCUCGACUGAAGCCUAAUGUCCCCAGUUUUGCUGAGUUGGGUGUAAUUGAUAUCCACGCUCUCACAAUGAGCAUCAAGUCCGGGAUCCAUGCUGAAAUGCGCAUGGCUUUGGAUACGCUUACAUCCAUAUCUUCAGAGCCGGCGAUCCAAAUAUCGUUAGAUAACUGCGACGAUCUGGUGGAGAGCUUAAUAGAAUGCGCCGAGGACCAGGCAGAGUUUCUCGCGGAACAUGCUGCCGAAGUGUCUGAUAUGAUGCUUCUAUCUUCUUAUGAAGAAGUGACUCGUGGAUGUCAAUCGGAGUGGACGUCUUUGGCGGAUGUACCAGAAUUCGGCAGCCUCGACUACGAACUAGACCGUGCCGUCGACCGACUCAUCUGCAUUACAACCAUACUACGCAAUUUUUCGUUUAUCGAGUCGAACUUUGGAAUGUUGUCUACUCCUCCGGUUGUUCAAUUCAUGUCGACUAUCAUUCGUUACCUCGGCACUCGCAAUAUGCUACUGAGAACACAUCAAAACACAUUGGAUUUCAUGAAGGACACAGUCACUUACCUCAGCAACGUGGCUCACACCAUUCAGUUACCGAGUAAGGAAGAAGCACUUUGUCUUCUGCAUUUCCUUCUUGCUUUUGCACCAUUCCCAGGUCCUAUGAGCUCGGAGGGCAUAAUGUUCAAUUCAUACAACCCCUCUAUUCAUAAGUACACACCGGCAGCGGUUGAUAGCUUGGCCAAGCUUUUGGCACGGGAUGAGCCCAACCGGACAUUCUUCAGAGCAAUCUUUUCUGGCGAUGGUGCCUCGAUCCAGCAAGAGUUGCUGACCCGUGCCUUUGGUCUUGCCAUUUGCCCGGUCCCUGAUCAACCGCGGAAACCCUUGGCUAUAGCGGAUGCUCGGAAGGUUUUCCUCAUGCAAGGCCUAUUGGCAGCGGACAUCCUUUCAGGCUUUGCGGAUGGACCUAUUGCCAAGUCAUGGCUGGAGUCGACCGACGGGUUUGCGAUCCAUCUACUGCGGCUCUCAUGCCUCCUGAGCACAGAACGAGUUCCUCCACCGAGCACCAACUCCCGCCAAUCCCAUGCCGCAAGGGGUCAAGCCGAAGCCGAGGCUGCUGCUUACAGCUCCAUAAUCAAUCGGGGUUUGGCAAUUCUGCGUCGACUAGCUGAGAAGUCAAAGCUUGCUGAUUCCAACGCCACGUUACGGUUCCCGUCGGGAAUCAUCCCAAGGAAAGAAAGCUUGCUUGGCGCACUGUUGAUGCCUAACAUAGAUCCUGGUGUUGUACGGCAAUUGAUAACUUAUGCACGACUAGCGGAAUGA